ACAUCUCGGCAAUUACUUGGGUGCCCUGGAAAACUGGGUGUCUCUACAGAACCAGUACCCCUUAGUGCUGUACAGCAUAGUAGACCUGCACUCCAUUACCCAGCCUCAGGAUCCAGCACAGCUCAGAAACAACAUAUUGGACAUGGCUGCCAGUUUGUUGGCCUGUGGCAUCAACCCAGAGAAGGUGAUACUCUUCCAGCAGUCUCAGGUGUCCGAGCACGCUGAGCUCUCCUGGAUCCUCAGCUGUGUGACCAGCAUGCCCCGCUUACGCCACCUACCACAGUGGAAGAUCAAGAGUAAGCAGAAGAACGAGGGCAGUGUUGGUCUCUACACAUAUCCUGUCCUCCAGGCUGCUGACAUUCUCCUCUACAAGUCCACCCACGUCCCCGUUGGAGAGGAUCAGGUCCAGCAUCUGAAGCUGGCUCAGGACCUCGCUCGCAUCUUCAACAACCACUAUGGAGCUCUGUUUCCUGAACCGCGAGCGCUGCUCAGUUCCACACAAAAGGUCAAGUCUCUCAGCACCCCUUCUGCCAAAAUGUCCAAGUCUGACCCCCACGCGAUGGCGACCAUCAACAUCACUGACCCUCCCGACAACAUCACCCUCAAGAUCCGCCGAGCCGUCACGGACUUCACCUCUGAGGUCACCUUUGACCCGGAGGCGCGCCCAGGUGUGUCCAACCUGGUGGCAAUCCACGCUGCCAUGGCAAAGAUCAGCGUGGAGGAGGCGGUGCUGCAGGCGCAACAUCUGGACACGGGAGCCUACAAGAGGCUCGUGAGCGAGGCUGUGAUCCAGAGGCUGACGCCCAUCAGAGAGGAGAUCCAGAGGCUGAGGUCGGACAGAGCGCACCUGGAGGCUCUGCUGGCUCAGGGGAGCCGCAGGGCUCGAGAACUCGCUGCACCUGUGCUGGCAGAGGUCCGACACCGAGUGGGAUUCUGCUGAGAGGCGUCCCGGCUGGAAAACAA